AUGUCAGACGGUGCGGCGGCGGCCGCGGCCGCCCCAGCAGAUGAUCAACAGCCGCAAAAGAACGAAGGCUCAGCCGCAUUCCUGCGAGCAGCCCGUGCCGGAAACCUGGAGAAAGUCCUCGAGCUGCUCCGCGCCGGCACCGACAUCGACACGUGCAACACCAACGGGCUGAACGCGCUCCACUUGGCCAGCAAGGAAGGACAUCAAGAAGUCGUCAGGGAGCUGUUGAAGCGGAAGGCCACGGUUGAUGCCGCCACAAGGAAAGGCAACACAGCCCUCCAUAUUGCCUCCCUGGCCGGCCAAUCCCUGAUCGUGACGAUCCUCGUCGAGAAUGGGGCCAACGUCAACGUGCAGAGCCUGAACGGCUUCACCCCGCUCUACAUGGCCGCCCAGGAAAACCACGAGGAUGUGGUCCGCUACCUGCUCGGCCACGGCGCCAAUCAGGCCCUGUCGACGGAAGACGGUUUCACUCCACUGGCCGUCGCCCUGCAGCAGGGUCACGACAAGGUCGUCGCCAUCCUCCUGGAGAACGAGAAGAGCGGCAAGGUGCGACUCCCAGCCCUCCACAUCGCCGCCAAGAAGAACGACACCAAGGCGGCCACCCUGUUGCUCCAGAAUGAAACGAACGCCGACGUGACCUCAAAUCCGGCUUCACCCCCCCUCCACAUUGCCGCCCACUAUGGCAACGAGGAGGUGGCCCAGCUCCUCAUCGAGAAGGGCGCCAACCCCAACUACCAGGCCAGGCAUAACAUCAGCCCCCUCCACGUGGCCACGAAGUGGGGACGCGUCAACAUGGUCACCCUACUCCUCAAGCACGGAGCCAUCAUCGACAGCCGUACCCGAGAUCUGCUGACACCCCUCCACUGUGCCGCCAGAUCCGGUCACGAUCCUGUUGUUGAUCUUCUGAUGGAGAAAGGAGCACCAAUCUCGGCAAAAACUAAGAACGGACUGGCCCCACUCCACAUGGCCGCCCAAGGAGAUCAUGUCGACUCAGCUCGUAUCCUCCUCUACCACCGUGCCCCCGUCGAUGAUGUGACGGUCGACUAUCUGACCCCACUUCACGUCGCUGCUCAUUGUGGUCAUGUCCGUGUUGCAAAACUCCUCCUCGACCGCAGCGCCGACCCCAACGCCCGCGCCCUCAACGGCUUCACGCCCCUCCACAUCGCGUGCAAGAAGAACAGGAUUAAGGUCGUUGAGCUGCUACUGCGGUAUCAGGCUUCCAUCGAGGCACAGACAGAAUCCGGACUCUCUCCCCUGCACGUCGCCGCCUUCAUGGGCGCCAUCAACAUCGUCAUCUACUUGUUGCAGCAGGGAGCAAACCCCGACGUUGCCACGGUGCGAGGUGAGACUCCACUCCACCUCGCCGCCCGUGCCAACCAGACCGACAUCGUCCGUGUACUGCUCCGCCAUGGCGCCAAGGUCGACGCCCAAGCCCGCGAGCUCCAAACACCCCUCCACAUCGCCUCCCGGCUCGGCAACACCGACAUUGUUGUUCUUCUACUCCAAGCCGGCGCUAACCCAGAUGCAGCGACAAGAGAUCAAUACACCCCACUGCACAUUGCUGCCAAGGAGGGCCAAGAGGAGGUGGCAGCCAUCCUGCUCGACCACCAGGCCAACCCGAAGCUGUUGACCAAGAAGGGUUUCACCCCGCUGCACUUGGCCAGCAAGUACGGCAACGACAAGGUGGCCAAGCUGCUGUUGGAGCGUGGCACCCCUGUUGAUAUCGAGGGCAAGAACCAGGUGACCCCGCUGCACGUGGCCGCCCACUACAACAACGACAAGGUGGCGCUGCUCCUCCUUGAACAUGGCGCCUCGGCCACGGCAGCGGCAAAGAACGGCUACACCCCACUACACAUUGCCGCCAAGAAGAACCAGAUGGAGAUUGCCGGAACGCUGCUCCACUAUAAGGCAGACCCGAAUGCCGUGUCUCGAGCCGGCUUCACGCCUCUUCAUCUCUCCGCCCAGGAAGGGUUCCGCGACAUGGCCGCCCUACUCAUUGAGAAUGGGGCCCAGGUCGCCGCCAAGGCCAACAACGGACUCACCGCCAUGCAUCUGUGCGCACAGGAAGACCGAGUGCCGGUUGCCGAGAUAUUGUUCCAGAACGGCGCCGACGUGAACGCGCAGACGAACGCCGGCUACACCCCUCUCCACGUCGCCUGCCACUUUGGGCAGAUGAACAUGGUGCGCUGGUUGGUGGAACAUGGCGCCGUUGUUGAUGUGACAACACGAGCCGGAUACACCCCACUUCAUCAAGCAGCUCAACAAGGGCACAAUGCUUGUGUGCGAUAUUUGUUGGACCAUGGAGCAUCACCAAACGCGCAAACCGCCAACGGACAGACACCGCUGUCGAUCGCGCAACGACUUGGAUAUGUCUCCGUCGUGGAAACCCUCAAAACCGUCACCGAGACGACCGUCAUCACGGAGACGACCACCGUCACCGAGGAACGAUACAGACCCCAGAAUCCGGAGGCGAUGAAUGAGACAAUGUUCUCGGAAUCCGAGGAAGAAGUAGAUGACCAUCAUGCCGCACAGCAGGCCCAUGCCAAGGAUUUCUCCGAUCGGUUUGCCGUCGCGUUGGAGGAUUCUACGGGUGUACAUCUGAUUCACACUGGAGAACAACCGGAUCAGGUGCUGCUCAAUCGCUCGGCCGAGCUCGAGACGACGCCCACGAUGCAGAAGCAGUGGAAACCGUCGGAGGCAUCGAGGGACAGCCACAUCUCACAAAUAUCACAGGCAUCCCACCCAUCCGCACACGCUGUCGCCUUCAACGACAGCAACGAGUUGGAGCAUCUCAUUCGAUCAGCACAGUCUCAACCCGUCACCCUUGCCGCCCACGAUCGCGGCUUCAUGGAUGUGUCGGCGGACAAUGCGCCGCUCACGCAACCGCUUACGCAACCCAACUUCCUGAUCUCGUUUGUGGUUGAUGCGCGCGGAGGCGCCAUGCGCGGAUGCCGCCACUCGGGCGUGCGGCUUAUCGUUCCGCCCCGGAAGGCCGGCCAGCCGAUUCGAGUCACAUGCCGAUACUUGAGAAAGGACAAACUCGCCCACCCGCCACCAUUGAGCGAGGGCGAAGAGCUGGCCAGCCGAAUCCUAGAGAUGGCCCCCGCCGGCGCGAAGUUCCUCGGCCCGGUCAUCCUGGAGGUCCCGCACUUUGCAUCGCUACGAGAACGAGAGCGUGAGAUUGUCAUCCUCCGCUCCGACGAUGGUCAGCACUGGAAGGAGCACCAGCUGGAAGCGACAGAAGAUGCUGUCCAAGAAGUUCUCAACGAGUCUUUUGCCGCUGAGGAGCUAUCGGCGCUUGACGAUCUGAACACGCCGAGAAUUACGCGGAUCUUGACCAACGAUUUCCCGAUGUACUUCGCCGUCGUGACGAGGGUUCGUCAAGAGGUGCAUUGCGUUGGGCCUGAGGGAGGUGUCAUCAUGUCGACUGUCGUCCCAAGGGUGCAGGCCAUCUUCCCGGAUGGGUCGUUGACCAAGACGAUCAAGGUUUCGCUACAGGCCCAGCCCGUCCCGCAGGAGAUUGUCACCCGACUCCACGGCAACCGCGUCGCCGUCUCGCCCAUCGUCACCGUCGAGCCGAGGCGCAGAAAGUUCCACAAGCCCAUCACCCUCUGCAUCCCGCUGCCGCACAGCAACAACAAGGGAAUGCUGACCCAAUACUCCAGCCAACCGGGCCAAGAACCGCCCACGCUGCGGCUGUUGUGCUCGAUCACCGGUGGUUCAGCGCCCGCCCAAUGGGAGGACAUCACCGGCACGACGCAGCUGACCUUCACCGGAGAUGAGGUGUCCUUCACGACUACCGUCUCGGCGAGGUUCUGGCUGAUGGAUUGCCAGACACCCAGGGACGCAGCCAGGAUGGCACAGGAGGUGUACAACGAGGCCAUCGCGAUCCCGUACAUGGCGAAGUUCGCUGUGUUCGCGAGGAGAACAUUCCCGGUUGAGGGGCAACUACGCGUCUUCUGCAUGACCGACGACAAGGAGGACAAGACGCUCGAGAAGCAAGAACACUUCAAGCUGAUCGCCAAGUCGCGCGACGUCGAGGUCCUCAAGGGGAAACACCACUUCCUCGAGUUUGCCGGCAACCUGCUCCCCGUGGCGAAGAGCGGAGAACAACUCUCCCUCUACUUCCUCCCCUUCCAGGAGAACCGCCUCGCCUUCAUGGUCAAGACCCGUAACAAGGACGACGCGGAAGCAAGUACCGAGGGCAGAAUCGCGUUUAUGAAGGAGCCAAAGGUCCGCGCCGAGAAUCUCCCCACCCAACAGCCCAUCUGCACCCUGUCGAUCUCGCUUCCCGAGUACACCGGCGAGGAGCCCACCGCCCAGCCCCGCAAGGCUGAGACGCCCUUCGACCGGAAGUACCCGGGAGCCGUAGACCGCGAGCUGCCCGACUGGGUCCACCCCAACCUCCUCAAGCAGGUCGGCGGCGAUUGGCAACGACUUGGCCGAGUUCUCGACAUCCCGCACCGCGAUAUCCAGCACAUCAAGCAGAACUACCCAGGGAGGGAGUUGCGCUCAACCCUCAAGAUCUGGAUCCACAUGAAGAAGGAGGAGGCCAACCCAGAGGCUCUUGAUCAAGCAUUGCGACAGAUUGGACGUGACGAUAUCCCGCGUGGUAUUGCUCAUGGAGAACCGGAAGAUCUGUCCACAUACUCUGCGGCUAGCCCCGCAAAUUCGAGAUCGGACAUCUACCAAAAGGUGGAGGUGCCCUCCCCGAGGAAGGAGAAGUAUGAACGCCAUGAAGUACACGAGGAACGGCUUGUCGCGCCCGUCGUUGCUCACUCCCAAGUCCAAGACCUGCCGGUGCACGCCGAGGUCGCCGAAGAGCGCAAGCGCAGCCCGAUCAAGGAGGAGGAAGAGCAUGAGCAAGAGAUCCCGGUCUCCGAGGUGCGCACAGUUGUCCGAACCGAGCGCCAUGUCCACGACACCGAUGACGGCCCAGUUGUCGAGGAGCGGACCAUCACGACGACGUACGAGGAUGACGUCGCUGUGGCGGAGAAGCGCGAGGACAAGAUCGUCGAGCUGACCGAGGAGGAACGCCAAAAAUGGGAAGAGCUGCACGCGGGCGAGCCGGGCGAGGCGUUCACCGAGAGCGCCGAGGUGUACACCCGCGAGGAGCGGAUCGAUGAGGAGGAGGAGCCGCUGGAUGAUGGCGAUCAGAGCUCCGGAGACGAGCCGGCCUCGCUGCAAGGUAGCCACGCCCAC